AUGGCGGCGGGGAGCGGCGGGGCGCAGGCCGCGGCGAGGGCCUCCAUCAGCGGCGACACGGGCGUCAUCCACGUGGUGGAGAAGGAGGAGGACCUCAGGUGGGUGCUCCUGGACGGUCCCCACCCGCCCUACAUGGUGCUGCUCGACGGGAGCCUGUUCAACAGGAAGGUGCUGCUGCAGCUCAAAGGAACCUCCCGAGUUUCGGGUCUUGCCGUGGCCAAGGCCAAACCCAGCCCUCCCCAAGGCUUCUCUCCUGGCUUGAAGUGCCCCAACGACGGCUUUGGGGUCUAUUCCGAAGAUUAUGGCCCUCAGUACGCGCACUGCAACACUACAGUGUGGAAUCCCGUGGGGAGCGGCCUUUCCUACGAGGAUUUUGACUUCCCUAUUUUCCUCCUGGAGGAUGCCAACGAGACAGAAGUCAUUAAGCAGUGCUAUCAAGACCAUAAUGUCCCUCGGGAGGGGUCUGGCCCCGAGUACCCGCUGUGUGCCAUGCAGCUCUUCUCCCACAUGCAUGCUGUCACCAGCACUGUCACCUGCAUGCGGCGCAGCUCCAUCCAAAGCACCUUCAGCCUUAAUCCAGAGGUGGUGUGUGAUCCUCUCCUCGAUUACAACGUGUGGAGCACCUUGCAGCCUAUAAAUUCGUCUGGAAAAGUCGAUCCCAAGAAAGAAGUCAUUCUCGUGGCUACUCGAAUCGACAGCCACUCCUUCUUCUGGAACAUCGCCCCGGGCGCGGAAAGCGCCGUCUCCUCCUUCGUCACCCACUUGGCCGCUGCUGAAGCCCUUCACAAAGCGCCGGGCAUCCAGUCGCUGCCCAGGAACGUCAUGUUCACCUUCUUCCAAGGGGAGACCUUUGAUUACAUUGGCAGCUCGCGGAUGGUGUAUGAUAUGGAAAAGGACAAGUUUCCUCUCCGUUUGAGCAACAUUCACUCAUUUAUAGAGCUGAAUCAGGUGGCUCUGAGGAAUAACUCUGUUCUGUGGAUGCACACAGACCCCGUCUCUCGGAAGAACGAAUCUAUUCAAACACAGGUUGAAAACCUGCUGGAAACUCUGAGCAACAGCAGUGCAGGAGCCAACGUGACUUUGCAGGACGUCGGCUACUCGCAGCCUCUUCCCCCCUCGUCCUUCCAGCGCUUCCUGCGGGCCAAGCACAUCCCCGGAGUGGUGCUGAGCGACCACCGCGCGUCCUUCCACAACAGAUACUACCAGAGCAUGUACGACACUCCGGAGAACAUCCGCGUGGAGUAUCCGGAGGGACUCAGCCCCGAGGAGACCUUGGAGUACGUCACGGACACGGCCAAGUCCCUGGCAGAAGUUGCCACUGUGGUCGCCCGUGCGCUCUACCAGCUUGCRGGGGGAGCCAACGACACCUCUGCUAUUCAGGCGGAUCCAAAAACGGUCUCUCGAAUGCUCUACGGGUUCCUGAUCAAAAUGAACAAUUCCUGGUUUCAGUCCAUCAUUAAACCCGACAUCAAAGUCAUUCUAGGUGAUGUUCCCCAACACUACGUAGCGGUUUCCAGCCCUGUGAACACCACCUACCUCGUGCAGUACGUGCUGGCCAACCUCACGGGCACCGUUGUCAAUCUCACCAAGGAGGAGUGCUUGAACCCCGAAAAAACCCCCAGCACCGAGAAAGACCUGUAUGAAUACGCCUGGGUGCAGGGCUCCCUGGACCCGAAUUCGACGUCCCGGGCGCCCUUCUGCGUCCGCUCCACUGUCCGCUUGAGCAAAGCCCUCUCUCCUGCCUUYGAGCUCAGACAGUGGGGAUCUACUGAGUAUUCCACGUGGACGGAGAGCCGGUGGAAAGACAUCCGCGCCCGGAUAUUUCUGGURGCCAGCAAGGAGCUGGAGAUGAUCACCUUGGCGGUGGGCAUCGUCAUUCUCGUCUUCUCUCUCCUCGCCACCUAUUUCAUCAACGCCAAAGCAGACGUGCUCUUCAGCAUCCCUCGGGACCCCGGGGCUGUGACUUAUUGAAGGGCUUAGCUGGGCUCGAGAAGUCCUUGGAUUCUUUUUGUCRGAUAAAACUACACUGGAACGCCCCUCUCUCCGGAUAGGGACGCAAGCGGGUCGCUCCGGAGCUUCCACGCUCAGGUUCUGAACCCCGAAACAUAAAAGACUUGCCCAGAAAACCAAGCUGACCAAGUCCUAGCGAGAUUUUGACCGCCUAAGAAGUUCCCAAAGCCUUUUUUUUGUAAUUUAUCCCCAUUUCUGAGCAACUUGAGAGGAUUGCUCCUGGAUGCUACAAGACAACAACAGGAUGGGUGUAUCCUYAAGAUAAGGGCGAGGUUGGAAAGCAGAGAGGUGUUUUUUUCUGGGAUGCGCGUGGACAGUCGGGUCUCUGUGGUGUCUGACUGUACUGGUUGCCUGUUGGUGGGAAGCAGUUGCUGGGAAUCUAUACGUACUACAAUGCAGGGAAUGCAAGGUUUGUUAACCUGAGGCUUAGGUGUAAAAUGUCCUUUUUUCAAAGGUGCAAUAUUUUCUGGGUUGUGUGUAUGUAUAUGUAUAUAUAUAUUAGUUCCGUUUAAUUAAAAAAAGAAAAAUCUCUGCUUACUGUUAACCCAUUGCCUGUAUUGUCUUCGUUGCUGCCAAAAGGACCAAAACCACCAGGUCUUGCAAAAUGAUCCGGACUUGGGAAGAACAAAAAUUCUCUGAUUGUUGUUUGUUUUUUUAACUCACAGUGAAGCUUU